AUGGCUAAAGGUGACCCCAAGAAACCAAAGGGCAAGAUGUCUGCUUAUGCCUUCUUUGUCCAGACGUGCAGAGAAGAACAUAAGAAGAAAAACCCAGAGGUCCCUGUCAAUUUUGCAGAAUUUUCCAAGAAAUGCUCUGAGAGGUGGAAGACAAUGUCCGGGAAAGAGAAAUCUAAAUUUGAUGAAAUGGAAAAGGCGGAUAAAGUGCGCUAUGAUCGGGAAAUGAAGGAUUAUGGACCAGCUAAGGGAGGCAAGAAGAAGAAGGAUCCUAAUGCCCCCAAAAGGCCACCGUCUGGCUUCUUCCUGUUCUGCUCAGAAUUCCGCCCCAAGAUCAAAUCCACAAACCCUGGCAUCUCUAUUGGAGAUGUGGCAAAAAAGCUGGGUGAGAUGUGGAAUAACCUAAAUGACAGUGAAAAGCAGCCUUACAUCACUAAGGCGGCAAAGCUGAAGGAGAAGUAUGAGAAGGAUGUUGCUGACUAUAAGUUGAAAGGAAAGUUUGAUGGUGCAAAGGGUCCUGCUAAUGUUGCCCGGAAAAAAGUGGAAGAGGAAGAUGAAGACAACGAGGAGGAAGAGGAGGAGGAGGAGGAGGAGGAUGAAUAAAAAAACUGUUUAUCUGUCAAAAAAAAAAAAAGAAAAGGCGGGGGCUGUGCUGUCCUUCAUUCCCCAGGGAAGAGCAAGGAAGAAACUGGGCCUUCCCUGGCAGAGCUUCCUGCCCCGAUGCUUCUGUCUCCACUUGGCUUUCACAAAAGGCGGCACCCAGCUCCUCAGUCGCAGCACCCGCCUCCCACCCCCCGACCCCCUCCAGGCCACCCUCCGCUUCUGAGUGUCUCACUAAAAUUCUCAUUGCUGAUUUUAAAGUGUCUUAAUUCUUUGUUCCCAGACACACAACCCCUCUAGCUCUCGGAGGGGCGAUCACGAGAAACCUUCCAGGGAAAUAGAGCACAGAAUGGACUAACUGUUAGUUGUUUUUUUAAAGUCUAUAUACAUAUUUCAACAGAUCAUAAAGAAAACAUUUAUCUCUUUGGUCCUCGCAAGAGAAAGGAACUGUGGUUUCACCUCAAGAGCCGGGACAUCUCUGACUGUCGUGACUGGAAAGAGCCUGUUGUGCUGAAACCCUAUCAUCGUGGUGGAUUUGAUCUUCGGUGGCCAGACAUGAAGUAUGAAGCAGAAUUCGUGACUGAACUGCUGGGCAGGUUGAGCUGUAGGGAGGUACGUGGGCGGUCAUUCCUGGUGCCUGUAUCCGUGUGACAUGAGCCCUGGAGUGUGUCGUCCCUCUCAGAUUUGCUCCUGCUGCCUCCUGGGGCCCAGUGACUAGGCCCUACUGUAGAACCGUGUACCAUCAAAUUUGCCGUCAUAAAGGAACCUUCCUGCA